AUGUUGCGAUGGCUCCGCGGCAGCGCCAAGUCGGCCCCGGUCCCGUUGCCGGGCGAUCGGGUGGUCCCCAUGAACUCGCUCGACGACAACGCACUCGUGCACAACACCACACUGGUCGUGUCGUUUGUCUAUGAUGCUGUGCUCGAUCCCGAGAGGCUGCGAGGUUCGCUUGAGGAUCUCAUCAAGCGCGAUGGCUGGCAGAAGCUGGGAGCCCGGAUUAGAUAUAAUAGAGUAACAGGCCGGCACGAAUGGCACAUACCUUCCGAGUUCACCCCGGCAAGGCCGGCCGUGGCCUUUUCGGCUCAUCAGCACGACGUGCCAUUCUCGGAGCACCCAGCCUCGGCGCAGAUCAAGAGGCCGGACCCGGCCAGCGACAGGCCGCAGCUGAUCAGCGACCCGCUCGCGCUGGGCGACCUGUCCUGGGGCGGCCCCUACCGCCCCAGCGGCAUCGGCGACUGGUACGCCGACCCCUCCGAGGACAGGCCCGCCGUAGCCCUGCGCGUGCACGCCUUCGCCGGCGGCACCACUCUGGUCUGUCUGCAGUGGCAGCACGUCGCUAUGGACAUCAUGGCGCUCAAGGAGCUCUGCGCGGCCUGGACGGCGGUGCUCGCGGGCCGCGCCGACCGGGUCCCCGUCCCCUUUGGCGCCGACAGCGAUCCGUUCGAGCCCCUGGUCUCGGGCACGCGGCCCGCCUCCGAGACGCACGUCCUGGAGGGCAGGCAGGCCGGGCUCCUGGGCCUGUUCAAGUGGAUGAGCGGCUAUGCGUACGACAUGCUGGUCAGGAAACACGAGUGGCGCGUCUUGUGCGCUCCAAGGGCCUUUUGGCAGCCGAGGCUGGAGGCGGCGGUCGAGACGCUGCGGGGCGAGGCCUCAGCGAGGGGCGAGGAUCCCACCAAGGUGUUUUUGUCCGAGGGCGAUAUACUCCUGGCGUGGAUCGUGCGGUGCCUCGUCGUGCCCAGGAAUCUGAAGCCCAGCACGACCGUCGUAGUCAUGUUCACCAUGAACAUGAUCAAAGCCUUUCAAGGAGACCUGUUCCCUCCAGCCAGCGAAGACAGGCCAUACAUGGGCAACGCCUUCUCGUACUGCAACGUCCUGCUCAAGGCCGGCGACGUCACCGAGGGGCGCCUGUGCGACGUGGCGGUGGAGGUGCGGCGGGCCAUUGCGGCGCAGGGCACGCGGGCCCAGCACGAGGCGUACUUUGCCAUGAGGAGGAGGUCGCGGCUGCCCUUUCCCAUGAUCUUCUUUGGCGACAACGACAUGGUGCACCUGUCGGCCACGAACUGGUCCAAGGCGGACCUCUUCCAGCUGGACCUGGGGCCGGCGCGCACAGGUGCUGGUGGUGCUGGUGAAGCUGGAGCUGGUGGUGGCGGCGGCGCCGACGACGGCGCGCCUCCGUGCAGGCCGUGGUACGUCCAAGGCCUCAGCAGCCCCAUCAGCCCCCCGGAUUGUUUCACGAUUCAGGGCAGGGAUGGUCACGGCAACUAUUGGCUCGAGGCGCCGAGGGUCACGGGAAAGUGGGAUGAAUUCAUGGCUUUUGUGGACAAGGAGCUCGACAGCCAUGUCAUAUCAUGA